UUGCAUAUAUUGUCCAUGCUUCCAGUAAAAGAUGUUGUUUCCAGUAGUGUUUUGUCUAAACCAUGGAGGUAUAUGUGGAAGCUGGUACCUAAACUCAAGUUUGAUUUCAGAGAUUGUUUCAGGCUUUUGCUUUCCAAUAAAGCUCCGUUUCUAGAGAGUUUGCAUCUCGAUUUUUGGUUGGGCGAGUGUCGUGCUGUGGAAGUUGGGAUGUGGAUUGGAAUUGCAUACGCACGCCGUGUGCGUGAGUUGGUACUCCAUGUUGUAUCUAAGAAAGGGUCUUUCAAAUUUCCUACGAGUUUGUAUAAUUGUGAAACACUAGAGAGCUUGACACUCAACAGUUGUAUUCUCGUUGAUGCCCCUUCUCCGGUUUGUUUGAAGUCUCUUAGAACUCUGCGUCUUGAGAAUGUGGAUUACAAAUACGAUGAUUCGGUUUAUAACCUUUUAUCUGGUUGCCCUAAUCUUGAAAAUUUGGUUGUGUAUCGACGAAAUCUACUGGAAGUGGAGACUUUCACUAUUGCAGUGCCAUCUUUACAGAGACUAACAAUUUAUGAUAACAAUGAUGCACAACAUUGUACGGGCUAUGUGAUAAAUGCUCCUUCAUUGAAGUACUUGAAAAUUAAAGGGUUUAAGGCUCUCGAAUCUUGUCUGAUUGAGAAUGCACCAGAGUUGGUGGAGGCAAAUGUUAGUAAUGUCUCUAAGAUAAUCAACGAGAAGCUUCUUGAAUCCCUAACUUCAGUCAAACGUCUUUCUUUGGGGUUAUCGCCAUAUGUAUAUAUUAAGUUUCCUACUGGUAGCAUCUUCUAUCAGUUGUUGGUAUCUUUGGAGCUAUAUACAAAUAAAGCAGAGUGGUGGAAUCUACUUGUGCUCAUGCUAGAUAGUUCUCCUAAAUUGCAAGUCCUCAAGCUCAUCGGUAAAUGGUAUGGUGUAAAAAAUCCUUUAGCCAUUAGGAAUUCGAAUCAACCAAAGAAUGUUCCUGGAUGUUGUAGAUGUUUGUUGUUUCAUCUCGAAACAUUCAUGUGGAAAGGCUGCGAAAGGCUAGGAGAAGAUGAAAAAGAGGUGGCCAAAUACAUCCUAAGGAACUCUAAUUGUUUGAAGAGAGCAACUUUCACCAGAAUAAUCUAUGAAGAGAACAAUUCUCAAGACAUGGUUGAUAAUCUUGAGAUGAUGGAGGCAUUGGAAAAUGUGGUCAGGGCUUCAAAUUCAUGCCAGCUUGUGUUCGAAUGUAACUUAGAAAUAUAGUCUUUGUUAUAACAUGUAACUUUUUUUUUAUGCUGUUUAAUUGGAUAUUGAGUUCUGUAAUAUUGCCUUUCUUUGACCGUUUGAUAUGCAACUUCCCCAACAUGAUAUGUAUGUAUUCGGAU